CAGAGCAGCAAAAGAGCCCAACCUGGGCGGCCAGGAGCGGCACUCCCGCCCCUUCGCCCGCGCUUUAGUCACCAGGCCACGCUCGCUGCGCUCCAGAAGCAGCAGCCGCAGCAGCCGCGGAGCGGCUCCGGAUUUGCGUGUCCUCCCGAGCCAGGCAACUCCGGAGGCGCUGCUCUGGAGGGAGGGGGAUUUCCCCCGCCUCCUUCUGCCCGCUGCGAAUCGACCGGCAAAGCUGCCCCCACGUCGACCUGCCAAACGCCGCCUUUUCUCUCGGUCUCCUCUCCCCUUCCCCGGGUGUGUGGGGCGGGGGGCUUCUCUCUCUGCCGCCGCCGCUCCCCCUUCGGUCUCUCACAGCUGCUGGUGGACGCGACAGACCCCCGGAGCCCAAGGAGGCCAAAAGAGAGCGAGGACGCCUCGGUGCUUGAAGAAACCUGAGGAUCACCAUGGGGAAUCAUGUUGGGAAACGUGAUCAAAGUGCUGAGAAGCUAAAGAAUGCUGAAGCACAAGUGGAAGAAGUGGAAGAUAAAGCAAGUCCCAAAGCAGUGAUGUUAACCCAGCAACCUUCAGAAGACAAUGAAGUAUUUGGAGAGGCAGAUGUGAACCAGAACAAUGGGACCUCCACUAAGCGCACAGCGGUGACAGACUCCAAGGGCACAGCAGACCCAAAGAAUGCCUGGAAGGAGACCAACCCAGCUGACACGACUGGUCGCCCCCAUUUGGUCCGCCUCUUUUCCCGAGAUGCCCCAGGGAGAGAGGACAACACCUUCAAAGAUCGGCCCUCUGAAUCAGAUGAGCUACAGACCAUUCAGGAAGACACUGCAGCAGCUUCUGAGAAUUCGGAUUUGAUGGCUUCACAGAAACGCUCCUCUUUCCGGCAUGGAUCCAAACUUGCAACUGCAAGCACCAUAGACCAUGCUAGACAUGGAUCCCCAAGAAGAUACAGGGAACCAAGUCUACUUGACUCACUGGGCAGAUUCUUUGGAGGUGACAAACAUGUCCCCAGGAGGGGCAAGGACUAUCAUCAUGCUGCCAGAGUGAGCCACGUAAGUUCCCUGCCUCAUCCAAGGUCUCAACAUGGACGAUACGGACGAUAUGUGGAUGACAACCCGGUGGUCCAUUUCUUCAAGAACAUUGUGUCACCAAGAACACCUCCUCCUAUGCAGGCAAAGGGGAGAGGAUUAUCCUUCAGCAGAUUUAGCUGGGGUGGUGAAACUCCAAAGCAUGGAUAUGGAAGUGGCAAAUUCUAUGAGCAUAAAUAUGCUCAUAAGGGACACAAGGGAUACCACUACGAUGGCCAGGGCACACUGUCUAAACUCUUUAAACUGGGAGGAUCCGGUUCCCGACCUGGUUCCAGGCAUGGCUCUCCCAUUGCUAGGCGCUGAAGCUCCAAGAUAGCAUUGAAGGACCACGUUCUCUGCUUCAUAACAAAGCUGCCUUAAAGAUUUAAUAACCAAUUGCAGAAUUCCCUAGAUAGAAACACAAUCUAUUUUGUUAAUGUCCGUUGAGCUGUGUAUGCAGUAGGAGUAUACAAAAUUCUAUUGGUAAAUGCUGACCAAAAGUUGAACAAAAGCAAAAACAACCCCCACCCCUGACUUGCAAUGUAGUUUUUACUUGCUGGCAGCAAUAUUUUAGGGAAAGUAAUGGAAUGCCCCAUUUUACUCAGUUUACUUCAAGGUGUUCCCAAAGAAUAUAGGGCUUUAGAUUUCUGAGUGCGUACAACAUUAAAUCCCUGACAGAUUUCAGUUCCCCCCCCCUACUAAACCCUAAGUAACAACCUAAAAUGCAAUUGUCCAGAGUUUUGAGCACUGCCAUUAACCAGCCAUCAAAACCCUUGCUGUAACCCAACGACAAACAAAUAAAAACAUGUGCAGAAGUUGUAAGGACUGUUUAUCCAAACGUUUCAUUUGAUUUGGUUUUCAUUUUGGUCAUUUGUUGUUUUUCUUAGUACCCCUUUCUCUCACAGAAUUCUUUAUUUUUUAUUUUUUUUACUUUCCUAACAGGAUUAGCAGUCAUAGAAAGGGUAUAUUAAACUGGGAGUUCAAGGUAUGUGAGAUGUGGAAGAAGGCAGCUGUUACUGUUUCACUGAGACAGAGCAAUGUUCCUAAGGAAUGAUGUACAUUCUAAGGAAAAGCUUUGUGCUUGACCAACUGCUCGUCACACCCAACACAUUAGGAAAUGAGUGGCUGGGAGAGAGAAAAGAGGAUAUCAAAUCUGAAUUAGACUAGCUUUACAACAGAAAACUAGGGAUAAUCCCCAAGAAGAGAAAACCUAGAUGUACAUGUAUGGAUAAUGGGAUGUCCCUGCAGCUCCACACAGGCACUUGCUGCAAAAAUACUUUUUUGCAGCUAAAAAUUUUUAAAAGUCUAAUUUAUGAAUGAGAGAAAGCCCUUUGGGAGGAAAUUUCAGAAAGUACUGCACAACUAAAGUUAGCUUUUCCUGCUGUCAUUAGAGCAGCAAGUUUAAAUAUGCAGUGCAUCAGAGUAAAUGACGCUUCACAUGUAAUAUGGUAGAUAUAUAUUAAAACUAAUGAAUUAGAACUAGGCAUUAACAGCGAUACAUGUACUAAGGUAUAUACAUGUGGAAAUGGGUCUCCCAAACCACAUAAAAGAAAAAUGCUCUUCUGAAUUGCACUGUUUUAUAACCUUCAACCUAUCCUUUCACUCAGUGACCUCCAUUUACUCAUUCAGUGUUUUAUUUGAGCUUAUAUUUUGUAGACAUUAUAUUUAAGACUAAGUUGGCACCUACCCUUAGCUAAGCUAAUGCAUAUCAUGAGUUAUCAACAUUAAUGGCAACUGAUAUAUAGAUGUUGUUGUUAGUGAUAGAUCUACCAUAGGUUUCAAACAACGUUCUUAAUAUGCAGCAAUGAAUGAUGAGAGGGUAGAAAACACAGACACUAAAUGAGACAGAACACCAAAACUGUUCAGCACAGACACCUAUUACAUCUUCUUUUAAGCUAUGUUGUUGGCUAUGUGUAUUUUUCUAUGUGUAGCCUCAUCCAGUUGUGUAUUCCACAACAUAAUAGUAAGUUUCACUUAAGUGUAUUGUUCUUAAAAGUGUAUGAAUACAACUCCUAAAAAAUCAUUAUUGAAAUAAAAUACUCAACUUUUAAUGAAA